UUUUCCUUCCCUCCCCUCGCUCCCUAAAGGAGUUCGCGGACAGCCGGGCUCCUUCAUUCCCGGCUGCGCCGCCGCCGCCCCCCGAGCCCCCUCCCGCCGCUCGGCCCGGCCCGGCCGCGGGGCAGCGCCAUGGGCGCCGGCAGCUCCACCGAGCCGGGGGGCGACGGCGCCGCCGGGACCCCCGGCAGCCCCCCACCGCCGGCGGGGGAAGCGGCGGCGGAGACCGCCAAGGUUUUAGAUGCAAGUUUACCAGUAUCUGACGUUAAUGAAGACAAUUCGGAGCUUGAUGCCCCGCCAGAGGAGUCCCAGCAGCCAGGAGCUGUCACAACGCCUCAGGAGCUGAAUGGGCAGCAGCCAGAGGUGGCUUCACCAAUCCAGGAACCUCCUGGAGAGCAAGCAGAGGCCCUUGGAACAGAUGUUGAACAAACAGAACAUUCCAGUGUAAUUCUGAAAGAAGACACCCAAACUAUGGAGACAAGUCCAUCUGACUCAAGCACCAAAGAUGGUGUAGAUGCUGAGAAAGAGGAUGCUCAUAAACAGUUGCCAUCUUUGGAAGAAGAUGCAGAAGACCUUGAACAAGCAUCUGAGCCACCGUCAUAUGAUCUGGGCUUUAAAAAGGUUUUUAAAUUUGUUGGAUUCAGAUUCACAGUGAAGAAAGAGAAGACAGGAAAAUCAGAACCAGUUCAGCUGCUUACUGUAAAAAAGGAAACACAAGUCACUGAAGGAGCUGAUGAUCAAAAAGAAGUCAGCUCAGAAGAAACAGUGAUGCCUGAAGAUGCACCCUCUGCAGAAGACAACACCAAAGAUGCACUGAAAAAUGAAAAAACGGAAGAUGAAUCUCCUAAAACACCAGAAGCAAAUGAGAUUAGUUCGCAGUCAUCUGCUUUAGCCAAUGAUACUGCAUCACCAUUAAGAAAAUUCUUUUCUCAGGGAUUGGCUGGGUUUAGAAAAAAGAAGAGUUUUAGGAAGCCCAAAGAAGAUGAACAACCAUCUCCUACAAAAGAAGAAGAGCAAGAAAAAGAGGGGGCAACAUUAACAACUGAAACCAGCGAGAAGGAGAAAUCUGAGUCUGAGAAGCAAGAUGAAGAGAAGAAUGUGACAGCAGUAACCAUUGAAACACACAGGAAAGAACAAACAGAAGAUGAAAAGCAAGAGUCUAAGGCUGAAACAGCCAUAGGAGUUGAUGAAAGUGAGAAGGAAAAGCUACUAGAGCAUGAUGAGCAGGAUGUAGUGACAACUGUUGCUACAGCAAGUGCAAAGGAGGAAAAAGCUGAAGAAGGUCAAGAAGGUAAAUUGGUAGAAGUCACAGAAAGUAUUGGUAAAAAGGAAGAAAAAACUGAAGAAGGAGAGAAGGAAAGUGAAGUGACAGAGAAACCACUAAUAACAAUCCCUGUAAUCACAGACAGCGUGAAUGGAGAAUUAAAGGCAUCCUCAGAAGUCCUACCUGUAGGAGAAAAUCUGGAGUCAACAGAGAAGUGUGAAAUAAGUGACAGAACUGAAAUAUCCUCUGAAGAGAAACUUGAAGCAGGAUCUUCAUUGGCAACUGAAAUUUCUAGUGAAGAGUUUAAAAAGUCUGAAGGAAUAGAAGGCAGUAAACCUCUGCCACUGGUAAAAGAAAUGCUUGAUGAAAAAUCAGCAGAAUUGAAAAUUUCACCCACAACAGAAGAUGCCACUGAAAAGUUAGAGGCACAAGGAGAAGCUCAUGAUACAACCACAGAGAAGGCGGCAAGCAAAGGACAUGAGACAGAACUGACUCUGGAGGCUGCUGGAUCAAAGUCCUUUUCUACUUCUGAACAGUCAUUUGAUACCGCAGAGGAUCAACGAUCAGUCAAACCCGCUGAUGAAGGGCUACAAGGCAAAACUGGCGUAGUUAUGACUGAUAGUACCAAACCAGGUGAAAUAACCACAGAAAUAACUCCUGAAGAAGCAGCUGGAAAGAGGCCUCCAGAGGGUAUCACAAAUGAAGCGGAACUGCUCUCUUCUCAAGAAAAAACUAAACUACAAGGCAGUCCUUUAAAGAAACUCUUUACGGGUACUGGAUUAAAAAAACUGUCUGGGAAGAAGCAUAAAGGCAAAAGAGAAGAAUCUAAGUUAGGGGAACAGGGAGAACUAACUCAACACUUAUCAGAUUCCCCAGAUAGCCCAGAAGAACAAAAGGUGGAGAGUUCUGCUUCUUCUCCUGAGGAGCUGAAUGAAAUUCCGUCUUUGGAAAAAUCCGUAGAUGGAAUGCAGGUCUCUGAAAAUGAAGAUGCUGCAGUUUCAGACGUGGAGAGAAAAAGAGAAAGUGUUACGCCCUGGGCAUCAUUUAAAAAGAUGGUGACUCCCAAGAAACGUGUCAGAAGACCUUCUGAAAGUGAUAAAGAAGAAGAAAUUGAUAAGACAAAGAGUGCUGCAGUGUCUGCAACUGAAAAUGUAGCUGAAGAAAAUCAGGUGGAGUUGAAAGAAAAUGGGAUGGACCAGAAAACAGAGAAAGUCACAGAAGAGCCCAAAAGAAAGGUUGACACCUCUGUGUCUUGGGAAGCUUUUAUAUGUGUAGGUUCGUCAAAGAAAAGAGCCAGGAAAUCAUCAUCAUCUGAUGAAGAAGCUGAACAUAAAUUUGGUCAAGACGGGCAAAAAAUAGAAGAAUCUGGCCAGAGCAAAGAAACAGCAACAGAUGCAAUUCUUACUAGUUCUCAGGAGAGUGAUCAAGGACAAGGGAAUUCCUCUCCAGAACAAGCUGGAAGCCCAUCUGAAGGUGAGGGUAUUUCAACAUGGGAGUCAUUUAAAAGGUUAGUCACUCCAAGAAGGAAAUCCAAAACCAGAAUGGAAGAGAAAAACGAAGACUCGGUUGUGGGAUCUAGCCUGGAACAUUCAACAUCGGAUGGUGAGCCUGGAAAAGAUGAAUCAUGGGUUCCAUUUAGAAAACUUAUGCCUGGCCGUAGGAAGAAAAAGUCAGAUGGAAAGCCAGAACCAACUCAUCUUAAACAAGCAAGAGAAGACAUGGCAGAAACGACUGAGGAAGAUUCAGAUAUUCCAGCUGUUGUUCCUUUGUCUGAAUAUGAAGCAGCAGAGCAAGAGAAAAUUGAAGCCCAGAAAGUGAAAGAUGCUGAAGCGAUGAAAAAACAAACCUCAGAGGAAGAAGGAGCAGAAAAAUUAGAAGACACCCUAGGAGUUAAGCAACCCAGUGAAGGGCUGGUACAUGCAGUCACUGUUACUGUUGUGGAAGGGGAAAGAGCCGUUACCAGUAUUGAAGAAAGGUCACCAUCGUGGAUAUCUGCUGCUCUGACAGAGUGCAUUGAGCAGGCAGAAGAAGAGGAAGAGAAAGAAACUGAGAAAGCAUUUGAAUCAGAAGUUGUUGUAGAACAAGCAGUAGCAGUUGCUAAGACAGUGCCAGAGAUGAGAAAGGACCUAAGUGAUGAUACCACAGCAAGUGAGCUAGAGUUAACCUCAGAGGCAGUGACGGCUCUGGAGGAGACAACUGAAGCUUCCUGUGCUGAAGAAACAAUGGAAGUAUCCUUUGCUGAGGAGACAACUGAGAUGGUUUCUGCUGUUUCACAGUUGAUAGAAACCCCAGAUACUACAGAAGAAGUUACACCAGUACAAGAAGUAGAAGCCACUGAACAAAAUUUGAAAGAAUUAGAGAAGCAGACGCAAAAAGUUCUUCACGAAGUUGCUGAAAGAGUAAAAUCGUCAGAAGUAGCACAGCUGGUUAGUGAAAGAACCAUGACACCAACUGUAGUUACAACAGUGCAAGAAAUUGAGUCAGAAGUGAAGGAUGAUGCUAAAGAUGAGAAAGUUGCAGGUCAGGAAAUGGUUUUGCUUGAUCAAUCCUUGAAAAGAGAAGAACACACAGAGGAUGAUGUCCAGCCCCUGGAAAGUGCCGAGAGCAUUCAGGACAGAGAUAAAAUUGAAGAGGGAAUACAUGAAGGUUCAGAAAGAAGUGAAUUAUCUGCUGCAAUGAAAGAAAGCACAGAAGGAUAUGAAAAUGUGGCUGUAUUGAGAGAUGAAAGGCAGUGGCAGGCAUGUGAAGAAGAAGUUUUAGAAGACCAAGAAAUAUCUGAAAUACAGAGGACAGUUGAGGAACCUUCAUCACAAGAGAGCAAAACUGUCACUCCCGAGGAAGAGCCAUUAGCAAAGCAGGAGCCUUCAGAACAAGAGAAGCUGCCCCUGCCAGAGUUAACAGUAGAUGAGAUGAGAGACGAAUGUAUUCCAGAAGUCCAGGCUGCAGUGCAGAACAAAACUGAAGAUGAAACCUCUGCCUUGGGGCUUCCAGGUGAAGAGCCUGUGCAGCUUGAAGGAGAGGGUGAAACUCUCACCGCGGGACCAGUGGGCACAGAAGCAGUUGUCACUGUGGUCCCCGUUGAACCUGAAAGACAAGACAAAAUUCCUGAGUUAGACUCACAAGAGCAAACUUGUACUGAAAGAGUUCCUAGCAAGGCACCUGCCCAGGGAGAGGAAGAAGAUGCUGCGCUCCUUGGAGUAAAAAGCACAGAAGCCAUUGCUGCUGAGGUCCCGACGCAGAAUGAGGUAGAAACCUGUGCCCUUAUCUCUGAAACCACAGGCUCAGAAGCAGCAGAAGCUGCUGAGCAGAGUGUGAAGGAUGGGGAUGGUAGGCAGAUUGUGGCAAAAGAUCCUGUCCUCAUCCUAGAGCCAAAAUACACAGAAACGACUGAAAGCCUCUCCCAGAGUGAUGAAACCAAAGGUGGCAAAAUAGAAGAUGCCAUGCUCAAAACUGAAACACACUCACCAAGUGAUAAGGCUCUCACUGAAGCCACCCCCCAGACUGAAGGAGACAGCAUAUCUAAUGCAGCAUCAGCAUGCCUAGGUAUCACGGAAAAUGGAAGCACUGCCCUCACUGACCCAAGUCCUAAGAGAAGUGAAACACAAAGCAGCUUACUUGAAGAAAGGACUGCAGAAACAGAACAAGAACUUGUGGAAACCUUGAACUAUCAAGACUUUCAGAAAGAAGAAAGCAUAAAUGGGCAAUUGAUGGAAGGAGCCAAAGAAGUAUUUGAAUCUGGAAAACAGGAAGCCAUGAGGGGUGAUGAAUGUUAUUCAACAGCUGUCCAGCAAGAGGUUUUAACUGUGCAGGAGGAGGGUCCCGACUCAGCCUUCCUAUCAGCUGAGAGCUCGGAGGCUCAGAAAAUGCCUGUGCCUGUAGCAGCUGCAGCAGUUGAAGAGCAUGUCGUGGCAGAAACCGUCACGCCCACAGACACAACAGCCGAAACUGCAGAGCCCUUGGCAACCACACCAGAGCAAAUGGUUUCUGAUGAGGUCCCGUUUACCACCGUUGACUCUUCAGGCAGUGAAACUGCAGAGCCUAUUAGGGCAGAAGCACCCCAGCCUCAAGUAAGUCCCGCUUACAUGAAUGGAAUACCAGAGAGUCCCCAGAGCACGGGACUACCCGAACAGCAUGCUGCUCCUUUAAGUGACGGUCUCGCCCUCACCCACACAGAAUUUGAGGCGGAUGUUGUUCCUUCUGGGACUAUAGAGUCCCAGAGUACAAAAAUUGUACUGAAUGCCAUCCAGACGGCCGUUAACAAACUUGCAGAAACAGAAGAGGCCUUUGAGUCAGAGCAGCACAUUAAGACCAUAGGGAAAAGCCCAUCAGGUACAAUUAUGCCUGAACUUCUGGAAAACAUGCACGUGGAUCACCAAUUCCUGGUAAAAAAGGAAGAGAUAUCAAGUAUGGAACAAGAGCUCCAGCAAUCCAAAGUAGAGAAACAUGCUACAUUAAUAGAGUCUGCAGAAAUGCAUGCAACCGUAGGAAAAACAAAAGACAUGCUGUUAACUUGUGAGGUGCUGGAAGAUGGACAAAGCCAGAAUUCUCUAAGUAUCGUGCCUACCCCUGAAGACAUUUCAAGGGAAAGUGUAAGACUUCAGAAAUCAGCAUUAGAGCUAAGUACUUCAGAAGACUCAACCAAAGACCCUCUAGACAUACACCCACUAAAACUGAAGGAAAAGGAGGUUGGGCAGGUUACAGAAACCUCAGACCAAAGUGUAGGUCAGCAAACGUGUGCAGAGAGGGAGGAAGAACAACGUCACCUACCGGUGGAGGACGGGAAGAUGCAGCCGUGGCAGGGUGAUGGUUGCCAAGAAGGCACGCCUUGUGAUGGUGCACAAAGUCAGAACUCGUUGGCUCCUGAGGCCUUGAAUAUGUGCUAAGUAUCCACAUGGCAUUUGGAGAGAUGCUGGUCCUAGAGAACAACUGACAAUCCUGUGACAGAACCAGGAGCUUAAUUCACUACCCUUUAUUCUUGGAUGUUAACACCUGCUCUUUUGAAGACUUCACGUUUUUUUGUCAUUGUCAUUAAAAAACAAUGCCUUUAAUGUUGGGUAUAUCUACACGUGUUCCAUUCAAAGGUCAUUUGCCUCUGCCCAAAAUAUCCCAUUUAGACUGGAGAUGCACAACCAAGUGAAUGGACAGACCACUAAAAUUUGUGCCACAGUUAUUACCGUCCCCUCACUUAACGUGUCCUGUCUCUGCCCUGACUUCUUGAAUCCCUUCAUUCAUUCCAAAAUCCCCUACCUCCUUUCUGCAGUCUCCCUUACCCCCAAACAUCUUCCGUAGCUGCCUUGAUCUGACCUACAAGUGGCCACAGCUGCUGCUCGACUUCUGUGCUGAGGGGAAAGAGGAGAGCUGACUGAUGAGAACACACAAGACUUCUGGCUGACUAGCAGACAUGUCUAGCAAACAGCAGGAACUGGAUCACGCACAAAUCCUUGAGCAAGAUGCUCAAGAUUGCUGCCUUUCAGUCCCAUUCAGGUAUCUCCAUCCAUCCUUCAGUUGUGUUUGUGCAGGCCUGAUUUAGUCAGAAAUUACUUCUACAGUGUAGCUUGAAAGGAGAUUGAGAAUGCUCUUUUUCUGUUGUUCAAGACUUCAGGUUUCAGGACUGGACUGUAAUGUGUUGAAUAUUUAUAUGUAUGUCUUAAACCCAGUUCUGAUUUUAUUGUAGAGCUAUGAUACUUCUGUACCGUUUAGGCAUACCCUUAAAGGAAUUUUGUAGAGUAGCCUGGAGAGGAAAUGGAUACUGGUGGAGUGGAAUUUGAUAACAUGUAGUUUCCUAUUUAUUGUUCCAGGUUUUUCCCUUUGUAAAAUCUCUCCAAAACUUCUUUGUCAUGCUUUGAAUAUUUAUAUGUAUAUCCUAAGCCCAGUUCCGAUUUUAAUGUAGAACUAUGGUAUUUCUAAAGACAAAAGGAAAUCCCUGACCUGUGUCAGAUCCAACUAUGUCGGCCAACAUCACUUCAACUUACAGUCCUCCCAGGUUUCUGAGAACCCUCCAGACUUAGUAUUUCCCUGCUGUCUCACUCAUACAGCAACCCCAGCUGUACCACAACACCCAAAUCACACCGUGCUCAGUCCUGGUCACUGCCCCAUUCAUCCCCAAGCCUUUACCCACCCACACCAACUAACAUCCAGGCAGGUAAUGAAUUCUGCUUUGGAUUGCAAAAGACAGAAGAGAUGUUUGGUGUGCUGAGAUCCUGAAAGUCUUCACCUAAGGUGGAUUGGACUGAGAACAGCUGUGGACCAGGGUGAUCUAAAGGAGAAAGAAGCCUCAAGCCUCGGAGUCCUGGGAUGUCUGUCCCUAACAGGAGUAGGUCUUCCCUUUUGUUGUUUACAUUAAAAUCAAACACGGGGUACCAGACACAGCUCUGAUUUCUAAAGUGAAGGUUACAGAUCGCACUUUGUGAAACCGAUGCCCACCAAGUUGAACAAUAGCUCACUAUCCUACCUGUAUAGUAAUUUAUUUUAAAAACAACUUUUAGUGUACAAAUGCUCUUGUUAUGGCAGGUGCUUGCCUCUCCUCGGGGCUGCACAUACAGCAAGCAAUGCGACUGAUUGCACUGGUGUGAUUGCACCAUCUGGUGCUGCCCUGCGUGGAAGCAUCAAAAGAUUUUUCCUUACCUCAGAGCAAAUUAUAUAAAUAUUUAAAGCCAAACAAUGUGGUUUCAAACAAUCCAGUCUGUCUUUGUCCAUUGUUAGUGGCAGCUUUCCCCCUUAGCUUUGGGCAAUUCCAACAACAACUGUUGGUUUCCACAGGUUUAAAUUGGCUUGCAAGUUAAUCAUGCUCUUAAUAACACCUCACAAGUGCAAACUUGGCUGAAUUUGUACAAAUUGUGUACCUAUGUACGUUAAGCCAUAUUGCAAUGACUGCAGCAGGUAAAAAUGAAAUAACAAUAGCAUGACCUGUGUAAUCCUGAUUCUUAUGUUUGUAGCUCCAAAGCUGUUAAUAAUAUGUAAAGUUAACUCUUGUCUGAACCUCAUUUAAAUAAAGCUAGCUUUAUCACAAUGUAAAUUGUCUGUUGGUAGUAAUUGGGCAGGCAAGUGCUUAAACUUGCUUGUUUUCUCCAUUAAUCCAGGGCCUAGGUAAGCAAUGCAACAACCGUAACUAUAAAACAAAUACAAAAGCUUCUUGUAACUGACAGCUAAAAAUACAUAUUGCACCUGAAACCAUGCUAACGGUGCAAGGAGCAUGACUCCACCUAAAUAUCCUACUUUGUUCCAGCGUAUUGCUUUGGCCUCUGAAACUCUCAUUUGAGACUGUGACUUCUGGCUUGUGCUUAAAAGCUUGAAGCUUUCUUUAAUCCAAUGUAUUGGGUUACUGAAUUUGAUUUUGUGUUUUUAACGUAGAUUUUCAUUGAUUAAAUAAAAUACAACUACAAAUUUGUUCUAAUGUG